UUUGAAAUUUAAUAAAUCUAUUGAUCGAAAAUUAUUCGAAAACAAAAACGUAAAAUAAUGAGGUGGAGUGAAAACGAAACUUAUGAAUUUGUAAAGCUGUAUUUCAGUCAUGAAUAUCUUUGGAACAAUGAACACGAACACUACAAACUAAAUAAACGUCGUCUAAAAGCUUACAGAAAUAUUGUAUCUGAAUUUAAUACAUUAACCGGUAUAUCAUUGACCGUAAGUGAAAUAAGAGGGAAAAUAAAAAACUUGAGAUCGACAUACACUCAAGAGUUAAAUAAAAUUAAAUUCCGGUCUGGACCUCACUAUACUUACGAACCGACAAUUAAAUGGUUUGCCUAUUGGCAUAAACGAUUUCGUACAUUACGAGUGCAAAAAGCGACGGAUUCAAGUUCCACAUUUGAGGAACCAGGAGACACAGAUAAUGAAAGUCAGAAGAUGUGGAUUGCAGAUGAAACCGAGAACUUAAGUGAUGAUCUACACCCAUUUGUUUCAGAUAACAAUAAUGAAUUAACUCUAUUUUUAAAAUCUGAACCUGAAGAUAAUCAUCACAACCAAAUCAAUAAUGAUAGACAUAGGCCACACAAAGUUAAGAAGAGAAAAAAAAAUAAACUGCACAAUCUCAGUACCGAUGUUUCAGAUGAAUUGAGGUUUAGUUUAGACGCUCAAAUGGAUUCCGGGAAGGAGGACGAAUUUGACAUAUAUGGUAAAUACAUAGCAUCACAAUUGAGAAGUAUGGAUUUAACAAAAGCAUUAAGACUUCAGCUAGAAAUACAAAGUUUAAUUGGUAAAGCAAGGUUGUCAGUUUAAUCUAAUUAAUAGUUUAGAUACUAAAUCUGUAAUUAAGCACACAUUCACACAGAAGAUUGACAUUUACAGGAUUGGUUUAAAUGGUUCCAUUACUAGUCAUUUUUUUAAAAGGGAUUGCUGCAUAUUUUUUUUUUAUGUUACUGGUGGCAAAUGCAUGUUUGUAACAUAACAAAAAAGUUGGGUCACCUGAUUAAAAGGGACACCACUAUGCACAACUGCAAUGCCGGG